GGUGCGAGGGCCAGGUCAGCGCCGGCCCGUCGACGCGAAGCGAGGCGACCCCCGCGCGGCCAUGGCCUCGCUGCUGGGAGCUUACCCGUGGCCCGAGGGGCUCGAGUGCCCGGCCCUGGAAGCCGAGCUGUCGGACGGGCUGUCGCCGCCGGCCGCCCCCCGCCCGCCAGGGGACAAGGGCUCGGAGAGCCGUAUCCGGCGGCCCAUGAACGCCUUCAUGGUGUGGGCCAAGGACGAGAGGAAACGUCUGGCGGUGCAGAACCCGGACCUGCACAACGCGGAGCUCAGCAAGAUGCUGGGAAAGUCGUGGAAGGCGCUGACACUGUCCCAGAAGAGGCCCUACGUGGACGAGGCGGAGCGGCUGCGCCUGCAGCACAUGCAGGACUAUCCCAACUACAAGUACCGGCCGCGCAGGAAGAAGCAGGCCAAGCGCCUGUGCAAGCGCGUGGACCCCGGCUUCCUGCUCAGCUCGCUCUCCCGCGACCAGAACGCCCUGCCCGAGAAGCGGGGCGGCGGCCGGGGGGCGCCGGGGGAGAAGGAGGACAGGGGUGAGUACUCCCCGGGCUCCACGCUGCCCGGCCUGCGGGGCUGCUUCCACGAGGGCCCGGCCGGCGGCGGCGGCGGCGGCGGCGGCACCCCGGGCAGCGUGGACGCCUAUCCCUACGGGCUGCCCACCCCGCCGGAGAUGUCGCCCCUGGACGUGCUGGAGCCGGAGCAGAGCUUCUUCUCCUCCCCCUGCCAGGAGGAGCAUGCGCAUUCCCGCCGCAUCCCUCAUCUGCCCGGGCCCCCCUACUCUCCGGAGUACGCCCCCAGCCCUCUCCACUGCGGCCAUCCCCUGGGCUCCCUGGCCCUCGGCCAGUCCUCGGGCGUCUCUAUGAUGUCCACCGUGCCCGGCUGCCCCCCGUCUCCUGCCUAUUACUCCCCAGCCGCCUACCCUCCUCUCCACUCCAACCUCCACGCCCACCUGGGCCAGCUCUCCCCGCCUCCCGAGCACCCGGGCUUCGACGCCCUGGAUCAGCUGAGCCAGGUGGAACUCCUGGGGGACAUGGAUCGCAAUGAGUUCGACCAGUACUUGAACACUCCCGGCCACCCAGACUCUGCCGCCGGGGCCGGGGCCCUCAGCGGGCAGGGCCCGGUCUCGCAGGUGACACCGACGGGCCCCACGGAGACCAGCCUCAUCUCCGUGCUGGCUGAUGCCACGGCCACGUAUUACAACAGCUACAGCGUGUCAUAGAGCCCGGGGCAGCCCGGCCGGCCCGGCCUGGUCGCAGCCUCUCCUUCCCGCGCGGAGCGGAGCUGAUGCGCAGCGCCCCGGGGUGGGCAGGUCUGCGCUGCCGCCGACCUGCUCUGCGGAUCCAGGGCCCCUCCGCCCGCCCCCUGCCCCGCCCACCCCGCC